AUGCGCGUAUUCCAUACUGCGCGUGCUACUCUACCCAUAUCCGUGCGUCACCUAUCUACAAGUGCAAGUGUUAAGAUGAGCAAGAAUGCCGUUCUGCAGCGCACUGGCGCGGCAACCUAUGGCCUGCAGCACACGCUGCCCAGGUUGCCGAUUCCCGAUCUGAAAGCGUCGAUCGAAAAGUACCUCGUGAGCUUGGAGCCCAUUUUGAAGCAGAAAGAAGAGCUGGGCGAGCUGAGUGGCAGCUCAGCUUCUGCGGAGCUGGCCAAGCGUCGCGCGUGGGCAGACGAGCUCCUCGCGGGUGUCGGCCCCAAACUGAUGCAGCGAUUGCACGAUAUCGACGCAACGACGGAGAACAACUGGUUUGACGACCGCUUCUGGCUGCUCAAGGCAUACCAUGAAUGGCGCGAUCCCCUCCUGAUCAACUCGGACUGGUGGCUCAUGUUCCGCCCCGACAAGAACACGCCCGCAGAGGUUGCCGAGUACGCUGGUGAUGCACCGGCGUACAGCGCCGAGGCACUCAGCGUCCAGCGGUGGGAGAACGCCGACUGGGGCUUCCGCCGUGCCACUUGGCUUACCUACCAAAUGGCGUUGUACAAAUUGGCCCUUGAUCUCGAGACCGUGGCGCCGGAUGCGUCGCGCGCCGGCGCAUUUUGUAUGCACCAAUACUCGCGAGUCUUUGGCGUCACGCGUAUUCCUGCGCGCCCCCACGACUGGAACACGUCGAACAAUGAUUUCAGUGUGCGCCACAUUACUGUAAUGGUGCGAGACAAUAUUUACAGUCUCGACGUGUUCGACGACAAGGGAAAUAUUUACCCUCCUGACACCAUCGAGCAGGCGUUCCGUGCGAUUGUGGACGAUGCAAAGAAGGCCGACGGUGCAGGCAUUGGCGUCCUCACCAGCGAGCAGCGCGAUACGUGGGCGCUCGCGCGCGAGCACCUCUUGUCGCUUGGCGUGCAGAACCAAACGAACAUUACGUCGGUGCAAAAAAGUCUGUUCGUCGUGUCUCUUGACUCGUGCGUGCUUGGCCUGCCGGCCAAUGCGCCGCGCAAAACUCCGGGUGUUGAGCCGUCGACUGCGGAUGCACAGGCAAUGAACACUUCGGGCGGCGGCCGCUUUGCGCACAACCGCUGGUUCGACAAGGCGAUUACGCUGACCAUCGAGCCCAAUGGCCGCACCGGUAUACUUGGCGAGCACUCGCCCAUCGAUGCGCUCAUUCCUUCACUGCUUGCCGAAAAGAUUCUGAGCGUGCCUUGCCCGCCGCCGGGUACGCCGUACGGCGAGAAGCUUGAAGGUGUUUCGCUUUUGGAAGGGAAGCCUGCCUGGAACAAGCUUGAGUUUGCUGUGGACGACAAGCUGCGAACUGCGAUCAAGACUGCCGAGCAGAACGCACGGAAGAUUAUGAGCGAGUCGGACAUUGGGCUGCUCUGGUUCGACGAGUACGGUGCCGAGUGGAUCAAAAAGGUCGGCCGCCAAGCGCCGGACGCGUACAUCCAAAUGGCACUCCAAGUUGCCUACGCGCUUGUGCACGGCAAGCAAGUUCCCACCUACGAGACGGCAAGCACGCGUCUGUACAAGCACGGGCGCACUGACGUCAUCCGCAGCUUUAGCAACGAGUCGUACGCGCUGGUCAAGGCGAUUCGCGAUGGCAAGUCAGCCAAGGAGAUUUAUCCUUUGCUGACCGAGGCCACAGGCGCACACUCGCGUCAAACGCGCGACAACUCGUUCGGCAAGGGCAUCGAUCGCUUCAUGGCUGGACUUCGUCUUAUGUUCCGCCCGGAAGACGACGGCCAAGUCCCGGCGAUGUUCAGCGAUCCUUUGUUCGCCGAGUCCCAGUCAUGGGUGCUCAGUACCUCGGGUCUCUCUGCGGGUAACGACUUUGUGGGCACUGGGUUUGGCUGUGGAUUCGCCGAUGGGUUCGGUACCAACUACCUUGCUGGCUCAAAGGUGCUCAAGUUUGGUAUCGAGGCGAAGCGCUCCAAUCCCAAGGGCAAUGGCGAGCCGGUGCUUUUGUACAAGAACAGUAUUGUCGAUGCCCUGCGUCUUUUGCGCAAGAUUGUCGAAGAUGGCGCGCCGCAGGAGGAGCCGGGAAAGGCCAAGUUGUAA